AUGAAUUUCGCGUCAGUUCUCAGCGUGUUUCUUACGUUUGUGGCUGUUGGGAGGGCGAGAGAUCCAACUGUUGAAACAACAUCUGGUUUAGUGAGAGGCAGGGCGACGGAAUUCAGUCACAAAGACACCGAUGUCAGGCGUACAGUACACGUCUUCAAAGGUAUACCGUACGCUGAACCACCGGUCGGUGACCUGAGGUUUGCACCGCCUAAACCCAAGACACCGUGGCAAGGGGAGUACGAUGCUGCUGACUACGGGGCGUCCUGUCCGCAAAUCACGAUGGAAAUUGUACCCCCGGAGAAACUGCAAGACGAAGAUUGCUUAUUCCUGAAUGUAUUCGUGCCUCAACCAAGAACCGUAAAAGCUGCAGUUAUGAUAUGGAUUCAUGGUGGUGGUUUUAUGAUUGGCUCAGGAAGUCACAUGUAUGACGCAACAGCUCUGGUGGCAUUGAAUGACGUCAUCGUUGUUACGCUCAAUUACCGGGUGGGUGCGUUCGGUUUUCUGAGCACAGGUGAUGACGUCUUACCUGGCAACAAUGGCCUCCUGGAUCAAAUUGAAGCCUUACGAUGGGUUCAGAAUAAUAUUGCAGCCUUUGGUGGGGAUCCGGAUUGCGUGACCAUAUUUGGAGAAAGCGCCGGCGCUAUGAGUGCGCACCUACUAGUAUUGUCACCACUUGCCAACGGUCUCUUUCAUAGAGCUAUAAUGCAGGCAUGUUAA